UUUCCGCGAACACGCGCGGCGGCCGCUCCGCACGGGCGGCAGCUCCGCACAGCCGGCCCGGCCCGGCCCGGCCCCCCGCCCGGCCCCGGAGGGCUCCGCUCCCCUCCCCUCCCCCGGCGGGCGGUGCUGACAUCAACGCGGCCGUUAUGGACACUUCUAUUUAUACCUUUUUUUUUUUUUCCGCGUGGCUGCUAUCGGAAGAGUGAUGUGAACACAAUACGAUUCCAGGAAUCCCUCACUUCCUGGAACAGAUUAAAAGGGGCAAACAAAAGAUUACUUAGUAGGUUGGGUUUUUUUUUCUCGGAGCUUCAUUAGUCCUGGAGUCAGUGAACAGGCAGGUUGCUGCUCUGCCGGCUCUCCUCCCCCAGACAUUCGGGGAAAUAUUAUUUAUUGGUAUCUAUUUAUUAUUAUUUCACAGUGCUCUGAAUAUUUUUUUCGAAAAGAUUGCUCUGGCAGAAGAUUACUUCCUCUUAAAAUAUAUAUAAUUUCCCUUUUCUCUGGUUAUUUUUAAAACUUUUUUUGUUGUUGCUGCUGUUUUCUGAAAAGCAGAACAAGAAUACAUGCUUUUCUAAGGCACUGGGAGCGCACGCAUUUUCCAGGCUGAAGUUGCUAAACAAUCUGCAAAGUCUCUUGGACAGUCCGAUUUGCCUUUGUGUCUGAACCACAACCCACUGCGGAAGGGGUUUGCUGGGACUCUCCAGCCUUCUGGUACCGUGAAUCCCGAACUAGAGGCUGGAACUUGCUCGAUUCUGGGAAGCAGAGAAAAAGGAGACGAGAAGAGAAAAAGAGAAGAGCAGAAAGCAUUUCACGCUUUCUUGAAGACUUAAUGCUUUUCCCUUGGUCCAGGAGUGACAUGAUCCUCUGUGUUCAGGGACCUCAUCCUUUGCUGGCAGAGGAGAAGAUCAGGAGACUGUCGCUCAGGGAGCUUGCGGUGGAUCUGUCGGAGCCGAUCAUGCAGCCUCUCCCCGUCACAGCCUUCCAGGAGGAGUCCACACCUGCCUUUGCAGCACCAGUUCCAGACAGCAACCCACCUCAGACACGAGACCCUGAAGAAGACCUUGUCUGCAUUGCAAAAACCUUCUCCUAUCUGCGGGAAUCUGGUUGGUACUGGGGAUCCAUCACUGCCAGUGAGGCCAAGCAGCAUCUCCAAAAGAUGCCUGAGGGCACCUUCCUGGUACGGGACAGCACCCACCCCAGCUACCUGUUCACACUUUCUGUCAAGACCAAUCGAGGUCCCACCAACGUGCGCAUCGAAUACACUGACAGCAAGUUCCGGCUGGACUCAAACUACUUGUCCAAACCUCGCAUCCUGGCCUUCCCAGACGUGGUCAGUCUCAUCCAGCAUUAUGUCAUGUCCUGCACAAUGGAAAGCAAGAAUGAGGCUCCUUACCCGCCUCCGUCUCCUCUACCUCCCAUGCAAAAAGAGAUGGCAGCAGCUGCAGUACACUUGAAACUCAUCCGGCCACUCAGCCGCAAAGACAACAUCCCCAGCCUACAGCACCUGUGCCGGCUGCGGAUUAACAAGUCCACAGCCGACGUGGACCAGCUCCCUCUGCCCAGGCGGAUGGGGGACUAUUUGAAGCAAUACCCUUUCCAGCUCUGAGGCACGGCCGUUGUAUCUCAGGCACGACAGACAGGGACAGAAAUGAGGGAACUUCAUGUCUUUGUCCCGCUAAAGCGUGGCUCAGCUGGGCACAGUAAAGACCUGAUUAUCAGCAGAGACUGCAUCCACCUUUCCUCUCCCCAUCUCUCCAAAUCCAUUCCAGCACCAGGGAGGAGUUGGUUGUUUCAGUGAACAACGGGACACGAUCUGAGCUCUGAACCUCAGGCCGCGCCGACAGUGGCUGUGAGAAAGUGCUGUAGGCAUGUGCACACUACUUGAAUUUCAGAGUUGCUGUGACACCGGAAAUGUUAACAUUGUUAUUUUCGCUAUUUAUUUCCAUGGCAGUUUCUCUCCUCAUGGUAUUUUAAAGCACCUUUUAGUUUUUUAUUUGUUUGUUUCUUUUUCUUUUGUGGAAUUAGAAAUAGAAAAAAGUCUCCCAGCCAAGCAGCAGCCAAAAGUCUGUGGGAAUUUGGAUGUGGAUUCACAUCCAAAUAGUACCUGUUUGAGCCUGUCCCUGUAGCAGGUCACAGGAAUCCACAUCCAAGCUCCGCCAGACUUCUGGAGUACGUGGGACUCAGAUGACUGUAUCUAGACCCACCUCUACAGAGGUAAAGAAAGAGUAUUUUUUUUUCUUCCUUAGCUACAGGGGGCUGGGAAUCAUAACCUCAAAAGCAGCUUGCACAUCUCCCAAAGAUGCAUGCUGUGCCACAGGUUGCAGACAGGAGACUUCUGUGAGGAAGCCCUUCUUUCUUGAGAGCUCUAAGCAGAGAUUCUGGAUACUGAGCUUGGGCCAGGGAGCACUCAUCCCAUUUUUUUUCACCUUCUCCAAAGCAAGUUUGUGACAAAACAUUUAGAAAUAAGUAAUCAGAAACCCAGCUUUCUUAUUUGCAGGCAGAGGCAUUCCGUUUCAGAGCACUCUACAUAUGGCUUGCAUUUUGAAAGUGCUUUUCCCUGACAUUGCCCUUGUCUUGUGAGAUGUGGGGCAAUGUCAGGGGUCUCCUUGACCAGAGGUUCGGAGACAGCUCUGCUGAGCUGCAAGGACAGACACAGCUUCAGGAUAUUUAUUUAUUUAUUUACGUCUGGGGGGUAACCAGUUGGAAGCACCUCAGUACGAGAGCUGUCCCUCCCCUCUGCUGACACAAUGCCAAAUCAAUGCCAAAUGGCCAGUUGCUCUGCAUCUGCCAGAAUUAUUCACAAGCCACGUGGCUUCAAUCAGAGCCAGGCUCUAGCACACUGGAAACCACAAUUCAACUUCUCUGUUUGCCAAAGCCCAGACCUCUGCUGUCCCUUUCUCUGACUUGCAUGUUUGUUAUCUUUGACUUUUUGCUCUGGGUUUACCUCUUGCACCCCAUCCCUUUCCCACCCCUGCAAAUGAAGCACAAUGGCUCUCCCUUGCUCUUCUGCAGGUAGAAGGGACAAACAGCAGCCGGGAUCCUUCCCAAGCCAAGCACAGAGAAGCUGCCCUUUGCUCUUUGUUCGCAUGAUCCCAUCACCUUCUCAGUCCGUGGCAGCCAGUCCAUGCCACCGAGAGAGUAGACAAGGGAACAGAGAGGUCUAGAGAAAUUAUCUUUUGCCUUCUUUUGCCCCUAAGACCCUAUAACUUGAUCAAGCAUGAACCAAUGUUAAGGAUUCCUUGUUCAUCCCUCCUUGGGACUGUCUCUCUAAGGCUCUGUAAACUGGAAGAGACAAAUCCCAGCUCUACCUGAGGGUUGAGAGAGGAGAUGGAAAAGGAUGGGAUGGUGAUGCAGGAGACAAGCUCAAAAAAUUGGUGGAGUUUCUUCCGCCCUCUUAAAGCUGCCCAAAGGGACAAGAUGGCCUGAUGUGCUUAGUCAGUGUCCUUUCUUCUUUUUUAUUUUUCUCUCCACAUUUAUACACGUUAGUGCUCUUGCAAGCUUUGUUUUUGAUACUUUGAUGAUUGACAGCAUGCACGUGUGAUGUCAGGUUUGCUUUUUAUUAUAUCCUUCCCCCUUGCCUCACAUGGCAGCAACUGAGGGAAGGUACUGAACGAGAAUGAAAACUUAGAAGACAAAACAAAAAAAACCUUGUUUUUUUUUUAAAUAACAUAAACCACAUACCACUGAAAAGGCUUCCUUUGAUCCAAACACCUCUAUCCGCCUGAGGACACUGGGAACAAGGAAACCACAGCUCUUCAAGGAGCAGCAGUGAUCUCAGGAAGCCCACAUGGCUUGGCCACAGGCUUGGUAUCUACAGCGUGUAAAAUCUCAGAGAAAUGUACAGUGGAAAGGACGAGCUGUUCAGCUCUCUGAAACUUGCCUCCUACUUGAUCUUUUCUCUGUUGGGGGUAAUGAGAAAAUCAAGCUUGCAGGUUUGACCUUGUUGCCCCAGGAGAGCCCAGCUAAAAUGGGAGAAGCAUGUUCCGAGAAGGAAAGCCUGGUUAAUCCCCAGCAGGACAAUGAGAGGCUAAGCUGAAGGCUGUAAGCUUAUAUGGGCAGGGACCAUGUCUGUUGUUUGUUCCGCAUCUAGCACAAUAGGGUUCUCUAGGUGCUACUGCAAUACAAAGAAUAAACAAUACAGUUACUCCAAAAAGUCAGUUUCUUCUGUCUUGAGACCGUUUGUUAAAAAUCAUUUGACUUGGAUUUUAAAUAAACAUUUGAAAUAUAUUUUAAAACCA